AUGGCGCUACAUCAAAUCUUCAGAAUCCGCCGAGUCACCCGACGCCCCCAGGAUGCACAGCCUGAUGGUGCCGGGCUCUCGACGUCUCAGGGUCGCAAAUAUAUGGGCGAUUACCAAUGUCAGUAUGCGGUCCCCGUCGAGGCACCCCAGAAGCGCAGGGCUGGGGGGGCCCAGGAGGAGUGGUGGCAGGUCGAGGAAUUGGAGGGGUGGCUCGGUAACUGGGGGGUUAUAUUUGUUGUGGUCGUCGUUCUUGUCGUGUUUACGGCGAACAUUUCACCGUACCUACCCUACAUGCACCUAGUCCACCUGUAUCGAUAA